ACCGGAUGAGCACCCUUCCCUUCCUCUUUUUGGACGGGCUGCUGUGUCUUUCUUCCGGCUUGCCGAAGAAAGUUGAGGAGGGUUCAGCGGCAACUGGGCUUUUACACAAUGGACAGCCAGGGAAGGAAAGUAGUGGUCUGUGACAAUGGAACCGGGUUUGUCAAGUGUGGCUAUGCGGGCUCCAAUUUUCCAGAGCACAUAUUCCCUGCGCUCGUCGGGAGACCCAUCAUCCGCUCGACAGCCAAAGUGGGAAACAUUGAGAUCAAGGACUUGAUGGUAGGAGAUGAGGCCAGCGAGCUGCGCUCCAUGCUGGAGGUGAACUACCCCAUGGAAAAUGGCAUCGUCAGAAACUGGGAUGACAUGAAGCACCUGUGGGACUACACCUUCGGCCCAGAGAAGCUCAACAUCGACUCGCGCAACUGCAAGAUCCUCCUGACCGAACCCCCCAUGAACCCCACCAAAAACCGCGAGAAAAUCAUUGAGGUAAUGUUUGAGACCUACCAGUUUGCAGGAGUCUACAUCGCUAUUCAGGCUGUCCUGACACUGUAUGCCCAGGGCCUUCUGACUGGUGUGGUGGUGGACUCAGGUGAUGGUGUGACACACAUCUGUCCAGUGUACGAGGGUUUCAGUCUGCCCCACCUGACACGACGUCUGGACAUUGCAGGCAGGGACAUCACCCGCUACCUCAUUAAGCUGCUGUUGUUGAGGGGUUACGCCUUCAACCACUCUGCAGACUUUGAGACGGUGCGCAUGAUGAAGGAGAAGCUGUGUUAUGUGGGCUACAACAUUGAGCAGGAGCAGAAGCUGGCACUGGAGACCACUGUGUUGGUGGAGUCAUAUACGCUGCCAGAUGGCCGUGUGAUCAAGGUAGGAGGAGAGCGCUUUGAAGCCCCCGAGGCUCUGUUCCAGCCCCACCUCAUCAAUGUGGAGGGCGUCGGAGUGGCUGAGCUCCUCUUCAACACCAUCCAGGCCGCUGACAUAGACACCAGGGCCGAGUUCUACAAACACAUCGUGUUGUCCGGAGGCUCCACCAUGUACCCAGGCCUGCCAUCGCGACUGGAGAGGGAACUGAAGCAGCUCUACUUGGAGCGCGUGCUAAAGGGAGACGUGGACAAACUUUCGAAAUUUAAGAUCCGGAUUGAGGAUCCUCCCAGGCGAAAGCACAUGGUGUUCCUGGGUGGAGCGGUACUGGCCGACAUCAUGAAGGACAAGGACAACUUCUGGCUGACCCGAGAGGAGUACCAGGAAAAAGGAGUCCGCGUGCUGGAAAAACUCGGAGUCACCGUCAGAUAAAGAACCAGGACGGACAGAACAACCACACACCUGAAAACACAGAUUCACAGACACACAUUUCCUCCUUUCACCCGUAUUGCAAAAUUUAUAUCUAUUUAUCCCUCUUUUUUUUUUUUUUUUUUUUUUUUAAUAUAUCAGCUGCUCUUGAUUUUCCUCAAACAUCCGAAAGAAUCAAGAGUUAACCUCUUCCUCCUCCUCUUCUCUGCUCCUACCUCUUUUCUUUCUUCUCUCCUAUUUGAGGAUUGGCUAUAAAACUGGUCUAGGAAGCCCCGAGAAAUAAUUUCCUGCUUCGCUUUUUUUUGGGGGGGGGUGGGGGGGCUGGUGGAGAUGUUCACCUGCAGAUAUGUGUCCACCCACCAGCUUCAGGCCUUUAGGAGGAUUAAAACAAUGCAAAGUUUCAAGCUCAUAAUGUUGCAUUCACAGCCCAUCACUAAUAGCCACGGCCGCUUUCAGCAUCUGGUAUAGGCGAGCGCAAACUGAUCACAUUUUUUUUUUAAUAUAAAUGAUAUCAUGAUUUAUGUUUUCUGGGUGAGGGGUUAUGGUUCUGCUCUUUUUCUUUGGCUGGAUUAUACAUUCUUUGUUGUGUUUUUCUAUCAACUUUUCCUCCUGGUGUUGAGCAUUGCUACCAUUGUAAAUGGAAUGCACAGGGUGACACUUUUCUCUUUUUUUUUUAAAAUAAAGAAUUAAUCGUUGAUUCAUAAAGGGACAGAAAAACAAAGUAAAAGCCCCUGAACUUGAUGGCGAGUGUGUGACGGUACGUUAGGGGUUAGUGGGGGGGGGGGGGGGGGGGGGGUUACACGGUUAAUAAGAAAUGGGAGGGAGUUCAUAUUUGUUCUUCAUUACACAGCCUCGCCUCUGCCUCCUCCUUAGGUGUAAAUCUCGAGUUGAAUGAAUGGAUAUGAGCAGUCACAGCUGUCUCUCAGAAUCAACAGUUUGGAGGCAGUCGCAGGUGAACGAUUAUAAAACCUGGAAAAUCUCACAAUAUCCUAAUAAAUGUAGAAACGUCGCUGAGACCAUAUUUAAGUUCUCCAGUCUCUUGACUCCCAACGGUUUGACUUGUUACUGGAGGCACUUCUAUUUUGGGUAUGAAAAAUGUGUAUAUUUUUUUUUUCCUUCCCCUCUUUCCAUGAACGUCUAUCCAGUGCCAAGUGCAGUUAAUGUUAACUGGAUUUUAUGUUUUAAUAUCUUUCUUUUUGUCACUGUUUUUGUUUUUAUUUUCCUGUGUCGUUCAUAGCAUAACUGCCUAACGCUGAUUUAAAUAAAGAAAAGUGAUUUAUAA